GCAACUCCCUAAUAUCGCUCAAGCAUGGAUGUAAUACCAGAUAUAGCAUGGGUUCCUCAAGGAGCUGCUAAGACCCUACCUGACAAGUUGAAACCAAGCAGCGAAGAAUUGUGCAAUUUAUUUGCAAAAUCAGCUAAUUUAGAUAGCAAUGAUGAACUAGAAGAUGAAAUAAAUGAGGAUAGUAAUAGAAAGCGAAAACGUGUUCUAAAGACGACGAAAAAAAAAGAAAAGACAAUUGAAGAAGAUGAUGAGUUUGAAGAUGACGAAGAUGAAGAGCAAAAAGAACACUUUGAUUUGAAGGAUUUCGUCUAUCACACCAAUAAUGACAAGGACCCUUAUAUGACGGAGCCAAUUUUACCAGAAGAAGAAUUAAGUGAUGAAGAUAUGAAAGUUGAAGAUGACGAUAAUUUCAUAAUUGUUCCCAAAGUCUCAGGAGAUCUAUUUAGUUUAGAAGUAUUCUUAUAUAAUGAAAAAGAAGGAAAUAUGUUUUGUCACCACGACUACAUUUUGCCUACUUUUCCACUUUGUGCCGAAUGGCUGAAUUUCGAUCCUGGUGAGGCAAAUCCUGGAAAUUUAGUCGCUGUUGGUAGUAUGCUACCGCACAUUGAAAUUUGGGACCUUGAUGUCGUUGACACAAUGGAACCCGCUUUUACACUUAUGGGUCAAGUAGAGAAAAAGCGUAAAGGCAAAAAGAAAAAAGUCUCACAAGAGGGUCACUCUGAUGCUGUGCUCGGUCUCUCGUGGAAUACCAACCAACGUCAAAUAUUAGCGAGUGCGUCAGCUGAUUGCACUGUUGGUAUAUGGGAUUUAACCGAGGGAAAAACUGUCGUCUCUUUACCACACGAAGAUAAAAUACAAGCUGUAAAGUGGCAUUGUAGGGAGCAACAGUGCUUAUUGACUGGAUCUUUUGAUAAAACUGUUAGACUAUUUGACUGCAGAGAUCCUAAGACUGCAAAUAAAUGUUGGAAAAUGCCUGGUGAAAUUGAAAGGGUUUGCUGGGACACUUUUGAUCCAUUUUACCUGUGUGCCUCCUCAGAUUCAGGCCACGUGUAUAGGAUGGAUGUGAGAAGUGACAAACCUCUCUUAUGCUCAAAAAUUCAUGAUAAGGCUGUCACUGGUUUAUCAAUUCCUAUGAAAAACGUACUAGCGACAGUUGGGCAGGAUAAUUUCGUCCGUAUUGGAAAUCAGGAAAAUGAGUUUUCUUUAUUGUACGAAAAGGACUUGGGAAUGGGGCCUCUGCAUUGUUUAUCUUCUCGUCCAGAAAAGCCAACAACAGUUGUUGUUGGAGGCCAUAAUGAAAUAAGAGUUCUAAAUUUAUAUAAUGUACCUUGUAUUCGAAAAUUAAUAGACGGUGAAGACAUUGAAGAAUCUUCAAAUAUCGAAGUUGCUUGUAUUAAACAAACACAUAGUGAUGAAGAAGACGAUAUUGAUGAAGCAAAAAAAGCUGUAGAAGAAAAGUUGAAGAAGAAGAAAAAGAAAAAGUUGAAAAAGAAGAAAGCUAUUAAAAAUAAAGAUUGA